UGAAUGCAAGAUAAACCGCUUCACUCCGCUGCGGAUUCCAUCAGUCUUGGUUCUUCUGUUGGAGCUUCUUUGGAUAUCCAGGUCUGUUUUUCGGUUUUACAGAUUCGAAGGGAUAAAAGCAAACUUUUAAGAAUGGAGAUACUCGUACCAGUCAUUCUCCUYUCGCUAUGGAAACAUGGACACGCACAGUCUUGUAAGGCAACAGCAUACUCUCAGUUCUAUCACAAAAUCCAGGGUCACGUGAUCAAAACCUAUUCUGCGGUGACAACAAGCCUCCAGUGUACAGAAAAGUGUGGACUGCAUGCAGAUCGCUACAGCAUUAACUACUGCUUCAGUCAAGGGAUCUGUGAGCUGAAUAACGCUAAUCACUUGACUAACCCCGAAAGUCUGGUCUACUCGGCUGGCUGUCAUUACUUGAAUCACAUUUUACGGGCUGUGCCGAUAUGCAGUAACAAACUGUGCUCCUAUCCUCUCGUGUGUAAGGUCGACAAUAACGAGCAAAGCCACAAGUGUGUUCUAUGUGAAGAUGUAAAGGAAGUCUUGUUAUUCCCGAGGAAAAGUGUCGAGGAUAAAGUUGAGCAUGAGCUUCAGGCUGACGUCCAACUUACAGCAUUUACGAUCAGCAUGUGGGUACAAGCAGAUCCAAACACAGAUAACCUUACACCGUUCGGUUAUGCCACAGUCAGUCAACCAAACGAAAUCAGUGUUUAUUUAACCAAGGGGUACACAGAACUGGGUAUUACCAACACCUUUGAAACGGGUUACCCUUCAGCGAUUGAUGGCAAAUGGCAUCACCUCUGUGCAACAUGGCAAAACCUUGACGGUACGUACAAAUUCUACAUCGAUGGAGUAAAGAAAUUGGGUGUCAAGACGUCCAUGCACCAAGGCCACGUUAUUCAAAAGGGAGCGCUGUUGCUUGGACAAGAGCAGGAUAGCUACAAAGGAGGAUUUCAGGCGAGCCAAAGUUUCCAAGGCAACCUUUCAAGUGUCAACAUGUGGGACAGGGUACUAAAUGCCCAGGAAGUUUCAGCCCUUGCCAAAAAAUGUCCCAACGAAUUCGAAGAAGGCAAUUUCAUAGGUUGGUCAACCUUGAAGACCAAGAAGUCGAGUGGUGUGAAGUUGUGGACUUGUUCAAAUCAGUGUUCUUAGGUCGAUAUUACAUGUAAUAUUAGGUUGUUGGGAUCGGCAGCAUCCAGCAAGCACUCUGACCUCUCACUUGGCUCACUCUUCAUGACUUCAGUUCCAGGUUUUCUCCUUCAAUUAUAUUAAGAAUCAGUCGAUACCACGACCUUGUUCAACACUCAAAGUAUACGACAAUGCUGUCUGUUAUUUAAUUACAUUCUGUACUGAAUUUUAUUAUAUCAAAAUCGAUUUUGCACGCUCAUGCAAUACUUCAAAAGAACGACUGACUGCACCACUUAAUUUGAUCACUUACUCAAUUGAUUCUGCACUGAAUUUUGUCAUAUCAAUAUUUUGGCAUAUCAUGCAAUAACAGAACGACACUUAUGGAAGGUUUUAUGUUCAUGCAUGUGACUCAAAACCCGACCGCUCAAGUUAAAUCAUUUAUCAAAUUAUCGAUAUGAAACUACAUUGAAUGGCUUUGUUGCUCCUGACCGUCCAGAUUUGAAUAACUUCUACUCUGCGUAAGAAUAAGAUGUAAGCAUAUGAUUAAUGUUUACAACUAGGAAUGCGAUUGAUGGCAGGGAUGUUGCGACCCUCUUCUCUCUGGCAUUAACCCCUACCCCUACCCCUACUGGACUCGUUCUGCACAUACAUAUGUAAAAUAUUAUGGGACUUGGAAAACACUCAUUUCAACAUUACCACAGAAGUGGGGAAAAAAUCAGUAUAUAUUAUCAGUAAAUACUGAUUGUUGUCAAAAUCGAUUAAAAUUGUCGGUUAAGUUCGUGCAAAAGCACCUUAUUGUGGCAAAUACCAUGCAGUGCCGCAGGAGUGAGGCAAGGCGGGUAACUGGACUCGGAAAUUCGUUUGCUUAUGGUAAGAAAAGAGCGGGAAACUUUCAUUUCCGACAACUGAUACAAGUYAGACGAACCUAAAAGAGCGGGAAAAGUGGAUUACUUCAAUGGUAAGCACCCAUGUUCUCAAUUAAUUACCUUUACCCCUCCCUCUCCCCUGCCACUCCCUUCCACCCCCCUUCCAUUCCUCUUUCCUCUCCUUCCCUACCGCCAAAGAUGGGUGGCUAGUCACCCAAUUCCAAUCCACCCACCUCCUUUUCCCUUGGAUCCGCAAUUGGGAUAUGUUUUCGAUAUGUUUCUAGCCUGGUACAAAUGAAAUGAAAUUGUUGUUGAUACGAUGGUGUUGGUGAUGAUGAAGAUUAGGAGGAUAUGAUGAUACCGUUGACGAUGAGGUGACGAUGGAAAGGAUGAUGAUUCAGUGAUGAUAAUGAUGAUGAUGAUGAUAAUGAAAAUGAUAACAAUGAUGGAUGAUGUAAAAGAAGAUGAUAGUGAUGACAAGGGACAAGGCCAAAACAAUGGACCAAAAUGGGUAACUGAUUUUCUUGAUUCAGUAGGUGGGUACUGAGCAAUUAAAUACAACCUCCCUCUCAGAGUUGAAAUGCUCGAUACCGCUAGUAAUAAUACAUGCCAAAAUUUAUUUCUAUAAUUUGAAGUUUUUAGAUAUUUAAUAAGGUUUAGUCAUAGGAAUUUUUUUGAAUUCAAUUAUUUAAUUUUUUUCUCUUAAUGUUUAUUUGAAUCAUGCAAAUGGUUGUCGAACCACGUUAAAGAAUGCUACAUUGAUGCUUAUGAUUGUCCAAACGCGUUGUAGAUUGUCAAUGUUAUGCUUAAAUGCAAUUGUUUGUCAAUUGGUGUUAUUGAAGUUGAAUUUCGCGCCCAAGAAAAUACAUUCCGCGCAUAUGAAUGUACGAACGCGCUAUUGAUUGUCCAUUGAUGCCUAUGAAUGUACACGCAUAUUCAAUUAUCGUUAUUGAAAGUUGAUCCGCGCUAAUGAUGUUACUUGUGGCGUUGAUGAAGGGUCGCGGUGAAAUUAUCGAUGGCGACAAUUUGGAAGAUUCUUUUUCAGUCUUCGGUACACUAAGUAUCACGAUUUUAGUAGUUUCUUUGUAGAAAAAAAA